AUGAACAAGGGCCACCGCCUGCCCGACUUCGACGUGCUGCGCGGCCGCGGCGCCAACGAGAGCCGCGAUUCGGUGGAGGACAUCACGCAGUUCGAGGUCGGCCUGAAGACGGCGACCAAGCUCUACAGCGCCUUCCUGACGGCUUACCAGAACAAGCUCACCAACUCGCAGACCCAGCAGUUCACGAACGCCGGCAACGUCGUUCUUCGCCCCAACAGCAAGGCCACGGGCCUGGAGUUCGAGCUGGCGCUGCGGCCUGGCGCGGGCUUCGAGAUCGCCGGCGACCGGGCAACUUCCAGGAUGCCAAGUACCGCGACUUCCAGCAGUUACACCGGCAACCGCGUCGAGCGCGCGCCGAAGUUCCAGGCGCGGGUGACGCCGAGCUGGCAGACGCAGACCGGCUACGGCCAGCUGCGCACCUUCGCGACCUUCAGCCACGUCGGCGAGCGGUUUGCCGACCAGACCAACACGCUGAAGCUGCCGGCCUACGGCACGAUCGACGCGGGCGCCGUGUUCUCGAUGGACAACGGGCUGGAGCUGCGGCUGACCGGCACGAACCUCACGAACAAGAUCGGGCUGACGGAGGGGAACUUCCGGGUGCCGGGGCAGGGGCGUCGGCGCCGUGAACCUGCUGGUGGUCGAGACCCUCGCCGUCCCGCGCGAGCAGGCCGCGCUGCUGGACGCCUGGAAGGACCUGCCGAUCGCGAUCACGUCCUUCCUCGUCGCCUCGCUCCUGCCCCGCCUGGGCCUGAAACGAUCGAUGCUGCUGGCGCUGGCCGCGGUCGGCGCCGCGUGCCUGGCCAUGCCCGCGCUGCAAGCCUUCUGGGGCAUCAAGCUGCUGUUCGCGACCGUCGGCGCGGGCUUCGCGCUGGUCAAGGUCAGCGCCUAUUCGAUGAUCGGCCUCGUCACGCAUGA